AUCACCCUCACCCAGACCCGUCGCCGCCGUCAACCAGACCCCUCGCCCAGACUCGCCUUCACCCAGCAGCGCUUCACCCUCCGCCGUCGCCGCCAGCAUCACCCUCACCCAGACCCGUCGCCGCCGUCAACCAGACCCUCGCUCAGACUCUCCUCCACCACCAAGACUCGUCGCCGUCACCCAGAUCCGUCGCCGCCUGCAUGUUCGCCCAAGCCCAGAUCCGCCGCACUGUCGCCGAGGAGGAAGGAGAAGCCUCCAAAUCAUCGCCCGCCCCUAGCCCUCUGCUUCUGCUCAGACCCGCCGAAGUAUCUGAGCGGAAAAAACGUCAGGAGGAGUCAGAUAGACUUCGUGAGGAGGAGCGUCAGGAGAAGCUUUCGCGUCGUCAAGCUGCAGUGGUUCCUCCCACUCAUAGCCAUGUUUCCCAGCCGAUACCAGGCAUCAACACAUAUGAUGACAUGGUGGAGGAUGACGAUAGCAGUGAUGAUGAGUGUGAUGUGGAGGGUGAUGAUGAGUUGUCUUUUCAUGAGUUGCUUUUCGACGGUCAUCCCGGAGGUUCGAGUGAUCAUGUGUCUACUGGCUCGACCCAUGGCAGUACUCUUGUUGGGCCGCUACGUGGCAAGGAUGGGCAUUUUGCUUCGUCCUCUGAUGGGAGCAGGCCUUCACGGAAGAAACCGAGGGACGAGACGUGGCUGCUUACAAAAGAAGCUCCAGGAGGCCCUAGGGAUAUCAGUUUGAUCCCUAGUUUCGGUGGUCACAUAGCUCAUUGCUUGUGGACAUCGAGUUUGGAUUCUCGGAAGAUGUCUGUUUUCCAGUUCUACGCUCGACAGGGUGGAGUGGAUCGAUUGAGGACGUACGAGUUUGGCACCCCAGGUGCACAGGCCUUGGUUACAGCAUCAGGUUUGGACCACUUGAGUAGAUGCAUGAUGCAUAAUGUGGAUUACCCACUUUUGGAGGCGUUCAUUGAGAGGUGGCAGCCGGAUACCAACACAUUUCACAUGCCAUUUGGGGAGAUGACGAUCACUCUGCACGAUGUUGCGUUCCUCCUCAAGAUUCGAGUGGAUGGUGAUCUACUUGCUGCACCGGCUAAGGGUGAUCCGUCGUUCGUGAGUGGGAUUGUUGAUCUUCUUGGUAUUUCUGAUAAGAAUGAAAUGGCAGUGCCAUCGCGUGGCCUCCGUUGGUACGAGGGUGGUGGGAUGUUGGUAGAUGAGGCCAUGGCACGUGCUUGGAUUUACGAGUAUUUUCCAUCGCUGCGCAUCAACAGACGUGCACCGGAGCCCAUGACAGAGGGAGGCCCAUUUGCUAGGAGGUGGGAGGGUCCUAUUCGUGGAGGGGAUUUGCAGCAAAAAUGGGAUCAUUAUCGUCAGCUGUUGGACGGAUUUACAGCGGCCCACGUGGAUUGGCUUCCUUUUGGUGCUAAACCUAGUCGUGCUUUUCCUAGAUCUUUGUAUCGGGGUGUGAUACGUGUCUAUGAUGUUGCUGAGACAUACGAUCCCUCACGUGUCCUCCGUCAGUUUGGCUACAGACAGGUGAUUCCUGAUCCUGUUAUUCUACUAUUUGAUGUCAGUCGACCUGCUGUUGGGACCUAUAAGGUCAUCUUUGGAGCAGGGAUUGAUCAACUUUGGGGGACUCUCGGUCAGUUGAUCAAUCUGGAUGCCUUCUCCACACCUUUUGAUGACACCGGAGAUGUUGACCCAUCGUACCUUAAGUGGUACACAGAGCGCACCCACCCACACAUUGUCCCCUCCAGAGAUGGUGAGCAGCAGGAGUCAGCGCCAUUGACGUAUGAGAUUCUAGCGUGUCAGAUUAUUGAUGGCAUUGAUCUCUUGCUUCGUGCUCCUGAUGAGGAUCUUGACAGGUUGGGUGCCUAUGGUGAUUUGGUUCGACGGGUUCGUGACAAGUACGUUGAGUUUAGGGAACAGAGACCGUAUCGCCCAUUCGCCUAG